AGGUUAUACUGCUUCUGUCAACUCGUUAGGGUUUAGUAGAGCGAAAGAAAGAGCAGCAAGCUAGAACCGAAGCAAAAGGCGGUGAACCGAAGAGACCAACUGAAAGUAUCAGUAUCGUCCCUUUUGUUAAUUAUUCUUUCUGUCAGAAUCCUGAACGCCUCAGUAGACUUCGUUCUAUGCUGUUAUUACUCCAGCAAAAUUACCUUACUUUUUCCAGGGUUUACACUUCGGAACUCUGGUACCCCUAUAUUGUCAUUCUGCUCGGUCCUUUGGGGGCAAACCGUAGAGGCAAAAAGAGGGAAUCCAGAGUUGGUCCAUUCUGUCUCAAGCUUCAUGGAGACAAAGAAGAGGAAAUCCAGCAAUCCGCACAAACAUUCGAGUUCUCAAAUGUUUAAAAAGAAAAAAAUGAACAGAAAAAAUGAUCAAAAUGGGGAGAGAAGGAAGAGGACUGGGCCUCGUUUACCAAAUUCGUUGCGAAAGGAGCUCGAGAGCAUGAAUGCGGCUGAUAAUCGUUUGGACAGUGAUGAAUUGAUCGAUUCUGAUGAUGCCAAUGACGUGUAUGAGUGCGAAGAAGCCAUUCCUGAAGAAGAAUCCAGAAAGAAUCGCCGAUAUGAUCCCGUACUCAGCCUUGAGUACGAGCUUCCCAAGGAAUUCGAGGAUGAGAAUGUAGCAUCAGAUGACGACAGCGACGAGGACAUCAAUGAUGGAUAUAUGAAUGGUAGUAGGGAAAAGCAGAUGGGAGAUGUGUCUGAAGAGGAAGAUGAUGGGAGACAUUCAAGGAUGUUACAAGAAAUCACUGGACUGCCCAGUGAGGCCUUUGAAGGUAAGAAGAGGAAAAAUGAUGUUGUCAUAUCUGAGGCAUAUCCAGAGUCUGAAUUUAAUCCUAGUCGUGAUGUUCUGGAUGGUCAUGGCCGCAUUAGUAUUCAGGACCUGUUGGAUCCCCUUCAUGGGAAGUCUGGUUUCAGUAAACUCAGAAAGAGUGUUCAAAGAAUGGAGAGAGAAUCAAAGUCCAUUCAAGCCCCACUUCCUAAACCAGAUCAAGAAAAAGUGGAGAGGAAGGUAACUUAUGAACAAUCAAAGAAGGACAUUAAUAAGUGGGGGCCUUUAGUCAAGAGGAAUAGGGAGGCCCCUACUCGUUAUUUUAACAAAGAUGUAGAUCUGGGCUUUUCAACUAUCGGGGCAAUUGCUUCUGAAUUUGAACCUAGAACUGAAUUUGAGAAGAAAAUGGCUCCCUUGUAUAAUAACAGAGAGGUUCUGGAAGCUCACAACAAAGAUGGUGCUAGGCUUCUUGCAAUGAACAAGAUAUCUGUCAAAGAUGUGAUUGACCGCGAGAAUCGUCUGGCUAAAAUGCGUAGCCUUCUUUUUCAUCAUGAAGUGAAGGCCAAACGCAUAAAAAAGAUCAAGUCCAAAACAUUUCAUCGUCUUUUGAAGAAAGAUAGAUUGAAAGCAGCAGAGGCUGUAAUGGAAAUGGAUCCAGAAGCUGCUAAAGAACUUGCUAUGAAGCAAGAGUUUAAGAGGGCUGAGGAACGCAUGACACUGAAGCACAAAAACAGCUCCAAGUGGGCAAAGCGCAUUCUGAAGCGUGGUUUGGAUGUACAAGAUGAUGGAACUCGAGCUGCUAUAUCUGAACAGCUUCAUCAACAUGCUCUUUUGAGUAGGAAAAUGAACUCUAUGAGGGACAGUAGUAGCAGCGAUGACAGCAGUAAUGAGGAUGAUGGUGAUGAAAAUGCAUCUGGUUCAGACCAGGAUAGAGCAUCAAAAUUGUUGGAGAAAGCGAAAGAGAAGACACUUAAAGUAAUAGACAAAGAUGAUGAAUCGCCUAAAUCGGGAGUGCUUUCUUUACCUUUCAUGGUUCGUGGAUUAAAAAAGCAAAAAGAGGCAGCUAAUGAAGAAGCUAAGCUUGCUCUUCAAGAGUAUGAGUCAUCGUUAAAGCAAUUGGAGGAUAAGAGUGAUGCAGAAAGUCUAAAAACGAGGAUCUCAAGUGGUAGACGGGUUUUUGGUGCUCCUAAAAAGCAGGUUGAAGAGUCCAAUAACAUGAUUAAAUCAGAUAAUUAUUUUGGUAAUAGCGAUAGUGAAGACAACUUUGAGGCCAAGGAAGAUAUUAACAUUGGACGCUACAGAAGUAAUAAUUUGCAUAGGGAUGUAAACAUUGAUCCUGAUUUACUUCGUGAGAAGUCUGAGGUUUGUCAAGAUCCUGUGAUUAAGAGUUUUGAUGCUAUUGUCGAAGACCCAAGGCCCAAUACAACGUAUGAAGUUGCUAUUUUUGCGUCCGACUCUUUGAAAAAGAUGGAAAAGUUACCAAAGAAGGAUAAUGAGCAGAUGAAAAGUGAAAAGAGAGUAGAUGCCAGUAUCAAGAAGUCUCCAAGUGUUGGAGUACCUUCCCUGCAUGACCAAGAUAGAAGGGAAGUAGGUGAUGAUAGUGAGACAGAGAGUGAAGGACAUAUGGUGGAUGGGAUAUUGUCUUCUGGCACCAAGUCAACGUAUGAGCUUCCAUCUCAAGCAGAUCUUAUACACCGAGCUUUUGCAGGAGAUGACGUGGAGGAUGAUUUCGAGAAGGAGAAACAGGAUAUCUUGAACGAGGAAAAUCCCGAACCUGAGAAGCCUGUUUUACUCCCUGGGUGGGGCCAAUGGACUCGUAUACAACAAAAGAAAGGCUUACCCUCUUGGAUGCUGGAAGAGCAUAAGAAUGCCCAAAAAAAGAGGGAAGAAGCUCUUAAAAAGAGGAAAGACGCACAUCUUAAACACGUAGUCAUCUCUGAGAAGUUUGAUAAAAAGGCUGAAAAACUAUUUUUGAAGAAAUUGCCCUACCCAUACACGUCCAACGAAGUAUAUGAACAGAGCAUCCGAAUGCCCCUUGGACCCGAUUUUAAUCCCGCAACCACAGUUGGAGCUCUUAAUCGGCCAGAAGUGGUGAAGAAAGCCGGGGUGAUUAUAGAGCCGAUCAAAUUUGAGGAGGUGAAUCUCCAUGGAAAAGCAGACAAAAACAAAAGAAGAAACGGGAGAAAAAAAGUAGUUGCAGAAGUAUGAAAAGAAUUCAAAGCUAGCAAUGUUGUUUAAAAGGAUAAAUUUUACUGAUAAUCUCUCUUAUUUAACUCGAGGAAGUAAUUUUUCAGUGCCGAAGAGGAGGAUAUUUAUUACAUGCGACUUUUGGUUA